UUUUUAAAAAUAAAAUACGUAAUAAUUAUUUUUUCUUUUUCUUUCAUCUUCAUUGUUCUUCUGGUUCGAGUUCCACUUCUAAACCAAAAUUUCCUGCGUUUUCCGCUAUUUUCAAUUCCUCCAAAAUCUCUACAGCUGGUUUACUCACUCGUUGAACAUCAAAACUUGCCCCUCUCCGAAUUUUAACUCUUCCAUAAAAUCCUAUUCAAUAAUUCUCAAAACCCUAGCUCAUUCCAUGGCAUCAAAGAAAAAGCAAUCGGAAGGUAUCGCUUUGUUGUCCAUGUACAACGACGACGGCGACGACGAAAUGGAGGAUGCCGAAGAAGAAGACGUGAUUCGUGAGGAACAGCAAGGGGACGCCGCUGAACAAGCUGCGGAGGAAGAUUUGGCAGCCGACACCGAUAGAAUGACGGUUGCUGAUUCCGCCAACGAAGUUUUUGGUGAUGGUUUUACUCCGACGGAGAAGAGUAGGACGCCACAGGUGAACAGGUUGUUUUCACCGCCGCAGGAGCAACAACGGGUGGAAUUGAGGAUUAGUAAGAGUGCAACUCUUACGAUUGUUGAUUAUGGCCAUGAUGAAGUAGCAAUGUCACCUGAGCCUGAGGAAGGAGAGAUUGAUGGUAGUGGUCGAGUCGUGUUUGGGGACCAACUUCAUGUAACAAAUGGUGAUUUGCUAGAUAGAAUACCAUCAGGAACAGUCCAGGUUUUGUCACCUGACAAUCAAGCUAAUACUCCCCAAUUUUCGGAGACAUUUAAAUCUGAUACCUUGAAUAAUGGCGAUGUGAUUAGACCUGAUGAUGCAGAGAUUGGAGAAGCAGAUCACGAUGAGCAUAAAUCUGUAGAUCCGUUGGAUAAAUUUCUUCCUCCUCCACCCAAAGUUAAAUGCUCAGAGGAAUUACAAAGAAAAAUAAAUAAAUUUCUGGAGUAUAAGAAGGCUGGAAAAAGUUUUAAUGCAGAAGUUCGCAACAGGAAGGACUAUCGAAACCCAGACUUCUUACUGCAUGCUGUGAGGUACCAGGAUAUUGAUCAAAUAGGGUCUUGCUUUAGUAAAGAUGUAUUUGACCCUCAUGGAUAUGAUUCAAGUGACUUCUAUGAUCAAAUAGAAGCUGAUAUGAGGCGGGAAAGUGAUAGGAAAGAGCAAGAGAAGAAGAAACCACAAAACCAGAAGGUUGACUUUACUUCUGGUGGUACACAGCCAGGAAUUGUGCUUGGUGCUCCCAGGAUCAGCAUGCCUGUUACAGGCGGUUCUGCUGCAACUACAGGUGGUUUGCAUUUGGUGCCUCCUCCAGCGGAUUCUACUAAUCGGGAUGGCAGACAGAAUAAAAAAUCAAAAUGGGAUAAGGUGGAUGGUGAUCGAAAAAUUCCUCUGCCCUCUGGUGGGCAGGAUUCUGUAUCUACAGCAGGGGCUCAUGCAGCAGUUUUAUCUGCUGCUAAUGCUGGCAGUGGAUACAUGCUAUUUGCGCAGCAAAAAAGACGAGAGGCAGAGGAGAGAAGAUCUAGUGAAAGGAGGUUAGAAAGAAGAUCGUGAGCCAUUCAUUUUGGUAUUUGGUAUGUUGUAACAAACAUUGUUGUAAGAGGGGGGUAGAGAUUUUUCUGCGUUACAUUUUUGCAUUGCAGCAUGGGUGAUACAAUGUAUAUUCUCACAAAUGAAAAGAAAUCUUCUGAUUCAGCUGGUCUUGAUCCUUUAUUCCUAUGUGACAGCAGGAUUUAUUAUUUAUAAAAAAAUCCUAUGAAAUAGUUGUUCCUGUGA